AUGACCCUCAAACUCCUCGGCAUAACCAUAUUGGCAAUAUGGUGGACGGGCACAGAGAGCCAAUCCUACCCACCUCGCCCAUCCCUAUAUCAACCACGGACCGAGGACUACAAUCUACCACCGUUUUAUCAGCCUCACCCAGGCCGUGAUGCCUCCUCGUUGACCCCAAUCUUCCCAUUCCACUCGGAAUUCAACACGGGACUCGACGUGAACCCGGGAAGUAGGGUUACGGUGGAUGGCAAUCUCAACGUCCCGAUCAUGGGAUGGGGAAUCUGGGACUACAAGGGUGGCGUAAAGGUGGGCCGCCCGAAUACCCGAGUCGGGGUUGGCACGCUGCACGGACCGACGAAUGUACUCGGGAUAUCACCCGAAACUGUCGCAGCACUCGCCUCCGAUCCUACUUUCAAUAGGGCCCGCAACGGCAUCCCCUCGAUCCCAGUAUCAGUGCUGCCGGGCAAUUUCGUGCCGCUCCGCUGCAAACCUCCACUAUGCAACCCAUUCGUCCACAAUUUGGCAUUUGGUGUCGACGUUGAACCCGGUGAUGAUUACCUAUUCGACGGAGGGUUGGAUUUCCCAGUACCGCUAGCCCCUGGAGGUGUCGGUGUCCGGAUGCCGAUCAAUGGCGCUGUCAAUGUCGGAACCGACCCGUUGCUCAUCACCUAUGGACAUGGAAUGGGACCCGUGGAACCGCCUGGAUUUAAGAUUACCCCCUCGAAAAUGCGUUCGGCGCGGCACCCCCGAUUGCCGCCACGGAUUAGCGAAGCUUUCCAAAUUCCGCAAGCCGUCAAGGAUCAGGCUAUUCGGGACCGAAUCGAGGAGUUCGAGCGGAAACGGGAGACCGAGAACAAGGACCGGGAAUUUGUUUCUCAGCCAAAAGAGCCGUUCCGUUUCGAG